AUGAAAUUAAUUAUCCAAGCCCUACUUCUCUUAGCUCACACUCUCCUCCAAUCAAAUCCCGCCGCGUUGCGCCUCCCCAUCUUACGAUCCUACUCCCAACUCUCCCUCUCCGUCGCCGAUUACGGCGCCAAGGCCGAUGGCCGCCACUACGACACCGUCGCGAUCCAAUCCGCAAUCGACGACUGCUCUGCUGCUUCCUCCUUCCACGGCCGCCCCUGCCACGUCGGCUUCCCGCCCGGCACGUACCUGACCGCCACCCUGCGCCUCAAAUCCGGCGUCGUACUGAACAUCUCGAGCACGAGGAUGGCGGACUACCCCGAGCGCCAGGAGAGGUGGUACGUGGUUGUAGCGGAUGGCGCGACGGACGUGGGGAUCACCGGCGGCGGGGAGAUCAACGGCCAGGGGCUGAGCUUUGUGACGAGGUUCGACGAGAGAAAGAAUGUGAUGGUGAGUUGGAACCAUACCGGCGCUUGCCUGGGAGACGAGUGCCGGCCGCGGCUGGUGGGGUUCAUCGGGUGCACGAAUGUGCGGAUCUGGGAUGUGAGCUUCAAUGAGCCGGCUUAUUGGUGCUUGCACAUAGUCCGGUGUCAAAACACGUCGAUUCACGACAUUUCAAUAUAUGGAGACUUCAAUACGCCAAACAAUGAUGGCAUAGAUAUUGAGGACUCGAACAACACUCUCAUAACAAGGUGCACCAUAAAUACCGGAGAUGAUGCCAUCUGCCCCAAGACAUAUACUGGUCCCAUUUACAAUCUCACUGCUACUGACUGCUGGAUCAAGACAAAGUCUUCGGCCAUCAAACUCGGGAGUGCCAGCUACUAUGCUUUCAAGGGUCUGGUUUUUGACAAUAUAACCAUCGUUGAAUCUCAUAGAGGCCUUGGGUUUCAAAUACGUGAUGGAGGAAAUGUCAGUGACGUCACCUUCUCAAACAUCAACAUCACCACCAGAUACUACGACCCGUCUUGGUGGGGCCGGGCCGAACCCAUCUACGUCACAACCUGCCCGAGAGACUGCAAUGCAAAAGCAGGCCCCAUAUCUAACCUGCAGUUUAUAAACAUCACAGCCACUUCAGAAAACGGUGUGUUUUUGUCGGGCUCCAAAAACGGGCUCCUGAGCAAUGUGAAGUUCUUGAACGUGAAGUUUACCUACAGAAGGUGGACGGACUAUACAGAUGUGCUCGUGGAUUACAGGCCCGGUUGCCAGGGGCUCGUGAACCACAGCUGCGCCGGUUUUUUGAUGGAACACAUUGAUGGGCUAGUUAUGGAGAACGUGCACAUGAGGUGGUCCGACGAGAACAUUAAGGGAUGGAACAACCCACUCGAAUUUCUUCCCUCGACCGUGAAUAAUGUCUCGUUCGUGAAUUUCUAUUCUGGGGUGUACAGACAACGAGCUUGGGAGUAG